UGGUAUAUAUUCUAGUACAUUUUUGGCCUAUCUCAGGUUUGUUUGUUUUUGCCGUUGACUAAGCAUGGCAAUACUAGUACAACACCAGUACAAAAUAUAUCUGAGUACUGGUGACUUUCUGCACUCUUCUACCUCUGACAGUAUAUAUGCCACAUUGAUCGGAACGGACGGGACAAGUGAGCGCACAAACUUGGCCAACUGUGUCCUAGAUGUCAUGACUGGAAAGACAGGGACCUACACUGUGACCACCGCCUCAACUCUGGGGCAACUCCUCCUGGUUAAGCUGGAGAAAGAGCAGUACCUGUUCCUGCCAGAAAACAAGUGGUUCUGCUCCAAGGUUGUCGUGACGACACCUGAGCAUGAUGUCAUCUACUUCCCCUGUUACAGAUGGGUGUCCAGAGGGGAGGUUGUGGAGCUGAGAGGAGGAAAAGCCAGGAAGGUUUUUGAGGAUGAGCUCCCUCUACUGGUGCACCAUCGUAAAAAGGAGCUGGAGCAUCACAAGAAACUGUUCCAGUGGAAUGAGUUUGCUGAGGGACUUCCCCACAUUAACAGUGCCAAAGAACUCUCAGCCCUUCCUGCUGAAGUUCUCUUUUCCUUUUCCAAAGAGGUAGAGACAAUCUACACAAGAGAAUCAGGAAUGUUUGAGCUCAAACUGAAGGGCCUUGCAGACUCCACCGAGCAGUGGGAAGACUUGGAUAAGAUGAAAAAAGUAUUCUGGUUCAGAAAGACACCCAUCUCAGAAUAUGUCUCUGAGCACUGGAAGGAGGAUGACUUUUUCGGGUCCCAGUUUCUGAAUGGAACCAACCCCAAUGUGAUCCAGCGCUGCACAACGCUUCCCCCCAACUUCCCUGUCACAGACGAGAUGGUACAGCCCUUCCUGGAGGACGGGAGUUCCCUGGCGACGGAGAUGAAGAAAGGAAACAUAUUUAUUUGCGACUACAAGAGGCUUGAGGGUGUGCCAACCCGGGUGGUAAACGGUGAACCACUGCCUCUCACUGCUGCUCUCUGCCUGUUCUAUAAUAACCCAGAGGACAAUCUGACACCUAUCGCCAUCCAGCUGGAGCAGCAGCCCUCUCAGCAGAACCCCAUAUAUCUGCCUAGCGACUCUGAGCACGACUGGCUGCUAGCCAAGAUGUUUGUGAGGAACGCAGAUUUCAUUGAACACCAGAAUAGCUAUAAUCUGCUGGGCACUCAUUUACUGGCUGAGGCCUUUGCUAUGGCAACCCACCGGAGCCUUCCUAUCAUGCACCCUCUCCACAAGUUGCUGAUUCCCCACUUCCGUUAUACCUUGCCGGUAAACACCAUUAGCCGUGAAAUACUUUUUGGACCUGAAGAAGGCUUAACUAAGGUAUUUAAAUACAGUAAAAGUAUACACAGCUUAAAAGCUAACCCAAUAGACAUUACUACCCUAACGAUAACAAAUGCAUAUUUUAUUGAAGUGUCACGAAAAAUUACAAAAAAGCGAACAUUUAUCCAGGACACCACUUUAGGACUGGAGGGGUUGAAGGAACUCUUGAAAAGGGCACACUCAGAAAUCACCUACAGCUCCCUCUGUCUGCCAGAGAACAUUGUUGCACGAGGACUGGAGUCCAUCCCUAACUUCUACUACAGGGAGGAUGGCCUGAAGCUGUGGAACAUCAUCAACAGCUUUGUCCAGGGGAUGGUGGAGCACUUCUACUCCUCUGACAGUGAAGUGUCCAGGGACUCUGAGCUUCAGGACUGGAUCCACGAGAUCUUCAUCCAUGGGUUCCUUGGAAACGGAAAGUCAGGAAUCCCUCAACGUUUCGACACAGUGAAGGAAGUCAUCAAAUUCAUCACCAUGGUGAUCUUCACUGUGUCAGCACAACAUUCUGCUGUCAGCAUGGGACAAUUUGACUACUGCAGCUGGGUACCCAACAGCCCCAUAUUUCUAUGCAAAGCUCCUCCCACCACUAAGGGGUGCUCUAGCAUGAGCACCAUUUUUGAGACACUGCCAGAUGUCGGCUCAACAGUGAGGGGAAUGGCAUCCACAUGGCUGCUCAGCAAAAAAUACUCAGACUUUAUCCCCCUUGGCUCAUACCCAAAUCAAUACUUUGACGAGACUGAUGGAUACUUUGAUGUGACCAAGCAGAUGAUGAAGCACUUUCAGGCUGAGUUAUCCUACCUCAGUGAGUCAAUCACUGAGAGGAAUUCCACAUUUACACCACCUUAUAACUACCUGAACCCUGCCGAGAUGGAGAAUAGUGUAUCUAUGUGAGCCGGUUCAUGUUACCAUAAUGACUGAGCAUGCAAAGUUGCUCGCAAGCCCUGUAGUACAGGGCAUAGUAGUGUGUCCAAAGAAUACAGUAUACCCUUCUGCCAAUAACCAGAGUUAUGCAAAUCUGUUACUAAUUAUGAGCAUCAAAGUGAACAUUUUAUGUAACCUUUGGAAAGAUGGAGAAUGUAAAUAUACUCCAUCUUGUCUUCUUUGAUCUCAAUAACCAUGUUUUAUUGCACUUCCUCUCAAGUUAACAGGUGGUAGUGAGCAGCUUUAUGUACUUUUAAUGAUCAAAUAAAUUAAAGUUUGUCUGAUUCACUGAAGCUCUAUGGUGCUGAUAAAAAUAUAUCAAAGAGCUAGACAAACACAAGGAAGAUCAUGAAAGGUGUUAUUGAAGAUUCAUUUUAUUAAACAGCAACA